GCUUAUAUUUCAUCCAACUUACAAUCUAGCACUUGUCAAUAAACAAAAACUCCAAGAUCCUCACCAUGUCGGCUGAUUUCUGGGCUGGCUAUCUCAGCGGAAUAGUCGGCAUUGUAGUAGGCAACCCUCUCGACAUUGAAAAAGUACACCAACAAACGAGAAGCAAUGUUGCCCGGAAAUUAUAUAGCCAGAGCUCGGUGGCCUUUAUGAAAGGCACUGCCGCUCCCAUAUUCGGGUACGGGGCUCUGAAUGCGCUGCUGUUCUACUCAUACAACCGAUCCGAAGCAAUUCUGAAAAAGGUGGCAUCAACCCCGGAUGCCAGGUGGGUUACAUGGACAGCCGGAGCAGUGAGCGGCCUGGGAGUAUGGAUAGUCAGCGCUCCAACCGAGUUAAUCAAAUGCCGGGCACAAAUGUCCACGCCAGCCACAUCGAGCUGGGCGAUUUUGAAGCAGAUAUGGAGGAGAGAGGGUGUGAAGGGCCUCUACUAUGGCGGGGUUGUCACAGCGCUUCGGGAUAGCAUCGGCUAUGGCUUUUACUUUUGGACAUACGAAUUGGCUCAUCGCUACUGGCCUGCUGCUCAAGAGCAGGACAAUGCUGCAUCCGGGCGACGAGAUACGUCAAAGGUAUUGGUUUGUGGUGGGAUUGCAGGAAUUGCCACUUGGGCCAGUGUGUUUCCUCUCGACGUCAUCAAGUCGCGCCUACAGACACAGCAAUAUUCCUACCGGCCAACGACGGAUGAGACGCCGUUUCUGAGGCACGACAGAACGAGCAUGGCAAGCAAAAAUAACAGGCGGUAUGGAGCAUGGCAGGUGAUGACGGAUACUUACAGAGAGGGCGGAAUUCGUCCAUUUUUCCGAGGCCUAUCAAUCUGCAGUGUCAGAGCCUUCGUGGUGAAUGCCAUUCAAUGGGCUGUAUACGAGUGGAUCAUGAAUGAACGCCGUGCGCCAUCAAUCUCAGCGCUGAAGGACAAGCCCCCCAGCAAGCUGAAUCACCAGGUUCCUAGGCCUCAGAAUCUUGACAAACUUCGGAAACCGUUCAAAUGUCCGUCGGCGGCUACUGCAGUAUCCGCGUCGGAUCGCCCAGCCAGGAAAAAAAGAAAGGUCGAUUAUAGAGGAGCCGAUGAAAACGGACCAACGAGCAUCGAUACGGCAUAUGAUGCUGCUGGUCGCCAAGUAGUGGCAUCGCCCAAGUUUCCAGUCUUCCAAGCCAAAGAUAAGAAUGUUGUUUUUCGAAAAGCCUUCUCUAUUCCUCUGAAGGACAAAUCCCAGGUGGCAUUCGACGCAUCAAGACCACCGCCAACACUUGGUCUGCGACGUGGGGUCGUGUUUGUCCCCAAGCCCCUACAUGAUCCAUCCGGCGAAUUUGCCAUUGUUCUUUAUGACCCAACAGUUGAUGCGAAGCCUGAUGCAAUUCCGGAAACCGUGGUGCAAAAAGAGGCGGAGUCCUCGAAAAUCGACAGCCCGAUUGUGCAUAAAAGCCUUGCUGAGAUCCUUGGCAUCAAGAAGGAAGUGGAGCAAGAUCAUCCAAAAGUGCCGGUUGUCAUUGAUCCUAAGAUUGCUAAAUGUCUCCGCCCUCAUCAGAUUGAAGGAGUCAAAUUCAUGUAUAAAUGUGUUACAGGGCUGGUCGAUGAAAAAGCUCACGGAUGCAUCAUGGCUGACGAGAUGGGACUGGGAAAGACGCUCCAGUGCAUUACGCUCAUGUGGACGCUUCUGAAGCAAUCUCCUACUGGUGGGAAGUCGACAAUACAAAAGGCUAUCGUGGUUUGCCCCGCAAGUCUGGUGAAAAACUGGGCAAACGAGCUGACAAAAUGGCUUGGUCCUAAUGCUAUCAAUCCAUUUGCCAUUGAUGGCAAGGCACCAAAGGAAGAAUUGAAACGCCAACUUCGUCAAUGGGCGAUCGCCUCUGGCCGAUCCAUCACUCGGCCAGUCAUCAUUGUCUCGUACGAGACUCUGCGCCUCAAUGUUGAAGAGCUCAAACACACCAAGAUCGGACUUCUGUUUUGCGAUGAGGGCCAUCGUUUGAAAAAUGCAGACAGCAAUACAUUCAGCGCUCUAAACGAUCUAAAUGUUACCAGACGAGUGAUCCUCACCGGUACACCCAUUCAAAAUGAUCUUACGGAAUAUUUUGCCUUGACCAGUUUCGCUAAUCCAGAUCUACUUGGAUCUCGAUUGGAGUUCCGAAAGCGCUUUGAGAUACCCAUUUUGCGUGGGCGAGAUGCGGACGCCUCAGAGCAUGAUCGCCAGCGCGGAGACGAAUGCACUGGAGAAUUGCUCGGUAUUGUUAACAAAUUUUUGAUUCGACGGACAAACGACAUCCUCUCCAAAUACCUUCCGGUGAAAUAUGAGCAUGUGGUCUUUUGCAACCUCGCUCCAUUCCAGAUCGAUCUCUACAAUUAUUUUAUCACCAGUCCAGAUAUCCAAGCUCUUCUUCGUGGCAAGGGUAGUCAGCCCCUCAAAGCCAUCAACAUUCUCAAAAAGCUCUGCAACCACCCCGACCUUCUGAAUAUUUCAGAUGACCUGCCUGGCUCAGAAAAAUGCUUCCCAGAGGACUACGUUCCUAGGGAGGCUCGUGGAAGAGAUCGUGAUAUCAAACCCUGGUAUUCGGGAAAGAUGCUGGUCCUCGAUCGAAUGCUUGCCAAGAUUCGAGAAGACACAAAUGACAAGAUUGUCCUCAUUAGCAACUACACGUCUACAUUGGACCUCUUUGAACGUCUCUGCAGAGAACGCCAAUAUGGAUGCCUACGUCUCGACGGAACUAUGAAUGUGAACAAACGCCAAAAACUGGUUGACCGCUUUAACGACCCAGAUGGGGAUGAAUUCAUCUUCUUAUUGAGCAGCAAGGCAGGAGGCUGUGGAAUCAAUCUCAUUGGAGCAAACCGCCUUGUCCUUUUUGAUCCGGAUUGGAAUCCCGCUGCCGACCAACAAGCCCUGGCGCGAGUUUGGCGAGACGGCCAGAAGAAGGAUUGCUUCGUUUACCGCUUCAUUGCCACUGGCACCAUCGAGGAGAAAAUCUUUCAGAGACAGUCUCAUAAGCAAAGCUUAUCGUCGUGCGUGGUAGAUUCUGCUGAAGACGUGGAGCGUCAUUUCUCCCUCGAUAGUCUUAGAGAACUCUUUCAGUAUCGUCCUGAAACCACCAGCGACACCCACGAUACAUUCAAGUGCAAAAGAUGCAAGCCUGAUGGUCGACAAUUCAUCAAGGCCCCCGCCAUGUUAUAUGGCGAUACAAGCACUUGGAACCACUUUGUCAACUCUGGGCUGCAGCCUAUUCAAGAUUUGUUGCUUCGGCAGGAAUACGCCGGAAGUGAGGUUUCAGCUGUAUUUCAAUACAUAUCGCAUUAGACUAGACUAGAUGUAGCUAGAUUUCGAUUCAAUCAAAUACUACCACCGAGAUACAGUCUAUUAUAAGCG